AUGGCAGACAUGAUUGGGCCUGACCACACCCCACGGCGCAGCUGGAAAGACAAGGCGAGGCGUAUGAGGAAGGCAUUCACUACAAAGGAGGGUCUCGUUGGCACAUACGACUAUGCCUUUCUCUUCCGACCAAACCUGCCAUUCAUGAGGCGAGAACGCAGGGCAGCACCAUUCUUCGGCCUCAAUGACCGUGUGCCCGUUAUCCUGGCUCUCCUUCUUGGAUUCCAACACUCGCUUGCCAUGUUGGCAGGUGUCAUCACGCCUCCCAUUAUCCUCUCCAAUGCUGCCAACUUGAGCGGCGAUGAACAACGCUACCUGGUAUCCACAUCACUCAUCAUCUGCGGUAUUCUGUCUUCUGUACAAAUCACACGCUUCCAUAUCUGGAAAACACCGUAUUACAUUGGCACCGGCUUGAUUUCUGUCGUGGGAACCUCGUUUGCUACCAUUCCUGUGGCGACAGGUGCGCUGAGCCAAAUGUACGAGACGGGCUUCUGUCCUGUGGCUGCCGACGGUACAAGGCUGCCCUGCCCAGAUGGUUACGGAGCUAUCCUAGGCACGUGUGCACUAUGCGCUUUGCUCGAAAUCGGCAUGUCGUUUACGAGUCCACGCAUCCUCAAGAAGGUGUUCCCACCUCUAGUCACUGGACCUACUGUUCUCCUCAUCGGAGUCAAGCUCGUAACUACUGGAUUCCAGAACUGGGCUGGAGGCUCUGGUGACUGUAAAAGUCGCCCUGAAUCUGGUCUGUUCCAGCUCUGCCCCAACAUCAAUGCUCCACAUGCCUUGCCCUGGGGCAGCGCUGAGUUCAUCGGCCUUGGGUUCAGCGUUUUCAUUACCAUCAUUCUCUGCGAGCGCUUCGGAGCCCCGAUUAUGAAGUCUACGGCUGUGGUUAUCGGACUUCUCGUCGGCUGCAUCAUUGCAGGUGCCACGGGUUACUUUGACAAGUCGUCGAUUGACUCUGCCCCCGUCGUGUCCUUCAUCUGGGUUCAGACAUUCAAGCUGACCGUCUACCCACCCAUCAUCUUACCUCUGCUAGCCGUCUACAUGGUCUGUGCCAUGGAAGCCAUUGGCGACAUCACAGCCACCUGCGAUGUAUCGCGCGUCGAAGUCGACGGCCCACUCUUCGACUCACGCAUCCAAGGCGGCGUGCUCGCCGACGGCAUCGCCGGCAUGAUCGCCGCGCUCUGCACCAUCACGCCCAUGUCGACGUUUGCACAAAACUGCGGCGUCGUAGCCCUAACACGCUGUGCGAACCGCAAGGCGGGCUACGCAUGCUGCUUCUGGCUCAUCGUCAUGGGCAUCUUUGCAAAGUUCGCCGCGGCUCUCGUGGCCAUUCCCUCGGCUGUCCUGGGCGGCAUGACGACCUUCCUCUUCAGUGCCGUCACCGUAUCCGGCAUCCGCAUCAUCAGCACCAUGCCCUUCACCCGCAGGAACCGGUUUAUCCUCACUGCGGGCUUCACGCUUGGCUUCGGCGCCACAAUGGUCCCGAAUUGGUUCUCGUUCGUAUUCACCUAUAGUGGACCCAAUACCGCGCUCAAGGGCUUCUACAAUGCUAUUGAGCUGGUGCUUGAAACGGGAUUCGCCGUCGUGGCGCUCGUCACGGUUGUGCUGAAUCUGGUGCUGCCCGAGGAGAUUGAGGAUGAAGAGACGCCCGAGAUUGUGGCGGAUGGGGAGGAGAAGGCGGGUGAGAGCGGCGAGUGGGAUCAGAGUCGCAAGGGUGCUACCGGUGCGGAUGUGGAUGUUGAGGGACGAGCGAGUUCGGAUAUUGUGGCUACCAAGGCGGCAUGA